UCAAGGCCAGUUGGAAAAAAUAGCUAGGAGGAGGGGGGGACAAAAUAAGAAGACAAAUACAAUCAAUAUUCAUCAAGUAAUAUUGGUGAGUUAUAAGUUAGUUAGAAGAGAAAUUUGGUGUUGGGAUGGGAAUGAGGAAUAAUGAUAAUGAUAAUAAUAAUAAUAAUAAUGUGAAGAAUGGUGGUGGAGUGAAGAGGAAGGGGCUGUGGUCGCCGGAGGAGGAUGAGAAGUUGAUGAAUUACAUGGUGAGAAAUGGGCAAGGGUGUUGGAGCGACAUAGCAAGAAAUGCGGGGCUGCAGCGCUGCGGGAAGAGCUGCCGUCUGCGUUGGAUAAACUAUCUCCGGCCUGAUCUCAAGCGCGGCGCCUUCUCCCCUCAGGAGGAGCACCUUAUCAUUCAUUUACAUUCCAUUCUUGGCAACAGGUGGUCUCAAAUUGCAGCACGUCUCCCAGGAAGGACCGACAAUGAGAUCAAGAAUUUUUGGAAUUCAACAAUCAAAAAGAGGUUAAAGAACACAGCCACGUCAUCGUCUCCAAACAACAGCGACUCCUCUGACCACACUCAUCUCAAAGCCAACGUGGUCGGAGGGGGGCCGGUGUUCAUGCAAGAGUACGAGGCAGCUGGAGUCUGCAUGGAUUCCUCAUCUUCGUCGUGCUCAUCCAUGGCCACCCAAUUCGGAAACCCCUUCAACCCUAAUCACCACCUCAUGGUCAUGGAUCAGCAGCACAACAACAGCAUAUUCGACUUAAACGGCGUCGUUCCGAUGUUCAAUUUGCCAAAUGAGGUUGGUACGGAAAACCUAGCGGGGGCGAUGGCAGCCCUAAAUGACCUUUCUGUCCCUGGAUGGGAAGUUUCCAAUUAUGAAAGUGUCAAUAAUAAUAAUAUUAAUGAUGAUGGGAGCAUCAAACUAGAAGAAUUGGAUUGGGAGGGUUUGUUGGCUAAUGUCUCAUCCUUACCUCACCUUGAUUUCCAUCUUCAAUAACCCUCCUCCUCUUUCUCUCUGUUAAACAAAGUAAUCUAUCCAAUUCUCUACCCCAAUUUUAUUUGGCCUUUUUCUUGUUUGUUUUUUUGUGGUUCAAUAAAUACCUUAUAGGCAAUGUUGGAGGUGUACAUUUUCAUGUGUACAAAAGUGGGUAGCUAGGAUUGAGACGUCACUCCGGGAGAUCAUUGCCAACCAUAUGUGAAUUGUCGAAAUGAAUUUGUCAAGACGAUAAAUAAAUAAAGAAAGGAUCAAAUUUAAUUGUAUUAUUAGCAUUUUGUAUAGAUGGAUUAGCACAUAUAUAUGGAGAAGUGUAGAAAGAAUAAUGAGAUUGUUUUUGGAUGCUAGCAUAAUUUCCUCAACUUUCUCACUGUUAUUAAUUAGUUUUUAAUUCCUUUUUCUUUUCCUUUUAUCAAUGAACUUCAUAUCUUGUUAA